AUGAGCUCUAUCACAGUUGGAGUUGCCGGUAUCACGGGAAAGUUUGCUCGUUGUGUCGUGGGUCACCUCUUGAAGAAUCCAAACAUUAUCAUUAAGGGUUACUGCCGCGACCCAACAAAACUUUCGCCUUCUCUACUUGCCUCCAGAAGAGUCACCAUCAUCCAAGGCCAGUCAGAUGAUCAAGAUGCUCUACGUGUAUUUGCUAAGGGUAGCGAUGUGGUAAUUUGCGGCUAUUUGGGCGACCACAAUCUCAUGAUCAAUGGCCAAAAGGCAUUGAUCGAUGCAUGUGAAGCGGAGGCAGUUCCCCGCUAUAUCGCCAGUGACUAUAGCCUAGACUUUACCCAGCUGGAAUUUGGGCAGCUUCCCGCCAAGGACCCAAUGAAGCACAUCCAGGAAUAUCUCAAAACAAAGAAAGUCCAAGGAGUUCACGUGCUAAUUGGCAUUUUCAUGGAAACUUUCUUUACGAACUUCUUUGGUGUCUGGAAAGCCGAGCAGAAUUCCUUCGACUAUUGGGGAUCCGGCCAGGAGACAUGGGAGUCUACUACUUAUGACAACGCUGCCCAAUUCGUCGCAGCUGUUGCCCAAGACCCGACUACAGUCGGCGUGCAGAGAUUCCUUGGGGAUCGCAGAAAUAUUCGACAAAUUGCUGCCGCAUUCGAAGAGCAGUAUAAGGUGAAGCCUUGGCUACACAAUCUUGGAUCUCUUGAAGAGCUCAACACAAAGAUGCACAAGGUCAAGAAUGACGACCCCAGCAACUUCAUGGCCUGGAUUCCUCUGUUCUAUCAAUACUACUGCAACAAUGGCCAGACCUAUCUUACACCUAAGAUGGAUGCCACUCGAUACCCCGAGAUCCCACGUUUCACAUUCAAGGAUUUCUUCCAAAAGCAUUCCAAGGAAUCACUCGCGACCGCUGCUUGGGCGGUUGGUUCAAAUGUCUCUCAAUGA